AUGACCACCAUUGCAGCAACCACCAAUGACUCACUCACGUUGUCAAAUACAUUUGGCUUAUCGAAAGAUCUUUCACAAUCAAUCAUAAUCAAGAUCUGUUAUUUACAACCAACGGCAACAUCAUCAACAACGCCAUCUAUUGUCAAUGUUUCUGAAAGAUUCGAAGAUCCAUCGGUAUUCAAGAAGUUAAGUCAAAUACACAAGUAUGCAGAUCUUUACGUGCAAUUGAGUAUAUAUGACAAUAAUGUUUUGAUAUGUCCACCAGUUCAAACUAAUUAUAAACAUUUCACUAAUAAUCGAAAUUGGAAUCAACAUUUAAAGUUAUCAAUUCAAUAUAAUCAAAUAUCAAUUAAUAGUUAUUUGAAAUUCACCAUAUAUGAAAUAAUAGAUACAAAACCAUCCGUUUUCGGAAUUGGAUAUUUAUCAUUAUUUAAUCAUGAGAAUUGCACCUUACGAAAGGGCUCUCAAAAACUUGGAAUCUACAUGGGAGAAUCAAUAGUAGAACGAGAUAUUAUCGAAUACGGCGAUUUGAAAGGAUUAACAAAAUUAGAACAAGACUUGAUUAAAUUUGAAAAUGGUGAUUUUAAAAGAUUGAAUUGGCUAGAUAGAUUAGUAUUACCAAGUCUAAACCAUUUGGGAAAGCCGUCAGACAAGCAAUACCAGGACGAUUUAUUUCCCUACUAUUUAUAUGUCGAGUUGCCCAAUUUUGAAUUACCAAUCGUAUAUUCUGAUAUACUAUAUAAUACAGUACCAGUAUCUACCCCGAUGACCGAUGCUUCAACAACUGCUACUAAUGCUAGCUUGCCCGAUCCGACUUCUAGUAUUGUUAUAAACUCAAUUGAUAUCCCGAUGUCAACAUCUCAAGACCCCACAAUGGUGAAAGUAUAUGAUCCAGAUUUCCAAAUAUCAACCCGAAUAGCAUAUACUAACCCAGGUUCAAAUACUCUCGAUCCAAUCGAAUUAAAGUAUCAUAAAUUGGAGAGAAAUAUAAGUACAUACAACUCAAUCUUAGAUAAAGAAUUAAAACCUACCCCGUCAUUGAGACAAGAGCUAUUGAAGAUAUUGACCAAAUCUUCAAAUAUUGAAUUGAUAGAUUAUGAAAAGAAUUUAAUUUGGAAGUUUAGAUAUUAUUGCAGUAAGAAUAAUUCCGAUCCGGUAUUUAAAUCAUUCUUACUUAAGUUUUUAAAAUCUAUAAAUUGGGAAAAUGCCUAUGAAUUAGAUUAUAGUUUUAAAGAAAUUGUUCCUAAUUAUUGGACAAUUGAUAAAUUAACAAUUGGAGAUAGUUUAGAAUUGUUGGGGAACUAUUUUAAUCCAUUCAUAUUGGGGAAAACUUAUUAUGUUUCCAGUUCUAAUACUUCCGAAGAUUCAAAGUUAAAAGAGAAUGAAAAGAAAUUUAUGAAGAUAUUCAAAAAUGUAAAUUAUUUGCGACAAUUGGCAGUUGAGAGAUUGAGAUUGGCAAAUAAUGAUGAGUUACAAUUAUAUCUCCUACAAUUGGUUCAAGCUCUCAAGUAUGAAGCUAUGAUUUAUGGAACGAGAUUGCCAUUUGCUGAUGAACUGGCGGCAUCUAAACAAACCCAUCAACGAACUAAAGAUCCAACAUUGGUUCUUGGUGAAAGUGAAGAAAUUGACGGUAGUGAUAUUGAUCCCAUGAAAUCUCCGUUGGCUAAAUUCCUAAUUGAAAGAUCUAUUGACAAUGAGAAAUUAGGUAAUUUCUUUUAUUGGUAUGUUAAAGUUGAGAAUGAAGAUCAAUUAAAUACUUCACCCGACGAAUCCUCCAUCUACUCAGUUAUAUUAAACACAUAUAUCGAGAGUCUCAAGAAUCACUGUCAAGAAUCCAAAUUACCAUAUUAUAAACAUUUAAAGCGACAAAUUUGGUUUAUUAAGAAAUUGACUGGUUUGGUUGAAUUAUUACGAUCUUCAUUCAAAAAGAAUGAGGCGACGAUGAGAAAAACUGAAUUCUUGAAAGAGUAUUUAGCUAAUUCUUCAAAUGAAUUGAAUAAAUUCCCCGAGCCUUUCCCGUUACCUUUAGAUCCCUCAAUUAUGGUAUGUGGAUGUUAUCCAGAAGAAUCUGCGGUUUUUAAAUCUUCUUUAGCACCAUUAAAAAUUACGUUGAAAACAGUUGAGAGGAAAAGUGGACAUCAUCAUUCACAAAUAUUCGGAAAGAGGAGUAGCAAGCAUGGCAAAUACCCUAUGAUGUUCAAGAUUGGGGAUGAUUUACGACAAGAUCAAUUGGUUAUUCAAAUUAUUGAUUUGAUGGAUCAAUUAUUAAAGAAUGAAAACUUGGACUUAAAGUUAACUCCCUAUAAAAUUUUGGCAACAUCACCCGUGGCAGGUUUGAUCCAAUUCGUGCCGAAUGAAACUUUAGAUCUGAUCUUGUCGAGAACUUAUCCUAAUGAAGUCGUAGCCUCCCGUCCAAGUCUGAAUGCUACUGCGACUAUCAACAGCAAUGGAAUACUUAACUAUUUGAAGUUACAUAGUCAAGAACAACAACAGCCAGAACUCCACCCUUCCCCAUCCAAGAGUAUUCUUGAUUCAAGUACUGGAAAAGUUAGUUCACCUCCAUUACCCAAACCUGCCAUAACUUCUGAUUUAGGAGUUUCGCCAAUAUUAAUGGAUAAUUAUGUAAAAUCAUGUGCUGGAUAUUGUGUAAUCACCUAUAUUUUAGGAGUUGGUGAUCGUCAUUUAGAUAAUUUAUUAUUAUCACCGAAUGGGAAAUUCUGGCAUGCUGAUUUCGGAUACAUACUUGGGCGAGAUCCUAAACCAUUCCCACCAUUGAUGAAAUUGCCUAUUCAAAUUAUUGAUGGAAUGGGAGGAUUAACACAUGAGAAUUAUAAUAUUUUUAAGAAUUAUUGUUUUGUGACAUAUAGCACCCUCCGUAAAAAUUCCCAGUUGAUUUUGAAUCUUUUUGGAUUAAUGUUGGACGCUAAUAUUCCAGAUAUAAAGAUUGAUCCGCUUAGAUGUAUUGAAAAAGUACAAGAAAAAUUUUGUUUGGAGAUGAGUGAAGAAGAAUCGAUUUUACAUUUCCAGAAUUUGAUUAAUGAUAGUGUGAAUGCUUUCUUGCCAGUUGUUAUUGAUAGAUUACAUAGUUUGGCACAAUAUUGGCGUGCAUAA